AUGAUGAAAAAGGUGAAGCCGACGAAGGGCACGAUAGAGCCCUCGAGGACAGUGUCCGAUUCGACAAAAAGUAUCUCGCCACUUCUAACUCCAGUCGUCCAGCGCCGCCUCCCUCCCUCCAGCGCCGCCUCCCUCCCGUGCGUCGACUCCCUCCCUCCAGCUCCGCUUCCCUCCCAUGCCUCCCUCGUCGCCUGCGGCCUCCCUCCAGCGCCUCCAUCUCCAGCGUCGACCUCCAGCGCUGCCUCCAUCCAGCAUCGCCGACCUCCAGUGCCGCCUCCAGCCAGCAUCACCGACCUACCGUCCUCCACCUCCAGUGCCGCCUCUAGGGACCUCGAAUUCGAUUCUAGCGACCUUCGUCCUUGGAAGAAAGUUGUACUUGAUUUGGAUGAGACUUUAGUUUGGGCAUAUGAGACAUCUAGUCUUCCGUCUGCAGUUUGUAUGCCGGCCAUUGAAGUUGGUCUAAAGUGCUUUGAACUAGAAUGUAUAUCUUCAGAAAAGGAUGUCGAUGGAAGACCAAAGGUCAGCCAUGCCACUGUGUUUGAACGUCCUGGUUUGCACGAAUUCUUAAAACACUUUAGUGAAUUUGCAGAUCUUAUUCUUUUCACAGCUGGCCUUGAAGGUUAUGCUAGUCCUGUUAUUGACAGAAUAGACGCUGACAAAAAAUUAAGUCAUCGGCUAUACAGGCCUUCGACUGUGAGCACGGAACACCGAGACCAUGUCAAAGACCUUACUUGUGUAUCGAAAGACCGCUCCCGCACGGUUAUGGUCGACAACAAUCCAUUUAGCUUCUUGCUUCAACCUUCCAAUGGAGUACCAUGUGUGUCAUUCUUUGCAGCACAACCUUGUGAUAACCAGCUCAUGAAAGUCAUUCUUCCCCUUCUGAAGCAACUUUCAUUUCAGAAGGAUGUCAGACCUGUUCUAUAUGAAAAGUUUCACAUGCCCAAAUGGUUUGAACACCAAGGAAUCCCCUCCAUAAACCCUAGUCUGUGAGACAUCAUCGAAUUCCUGCUUCGAAGCUCCUCUUACUGGAAUGUACAGUAAGUAUUUUAAUAUACACAACGCAGGAACCCUAAUUCAAGGGGGGUCCCUGCUUGUAGAUAAUGAUUGGAAGAAUCUCCUGAGCGUCAAGGAGUGUCGAAGGACCAAGAUUUUAUGGCUCGAAGGAAGAAUUCUGAGAUCGUAAUGGACAGUAUCUAUUGUUUUCAUGGAAACAUUAAAUUCUGGUUGAUGUGAUUGUUGAUUCAUAGGGCAUUACAUUUGCUUAGGAAGAUUACUUCAAACGAGAAGUGGAGCUGUUUUUGUAUUUUAUAUUAUUUUCAUUGAUCUUUGUAUGAAGCAACUUCUUCUUAUUCUUCUAAA